GCGUGUACACUCAGCGGAGCAGUCGACGCGCGCACGUUGCAGCGCGAACAGGUUCCAUCGUGCUUGCCGCGUGGACUUUCCUCUGGGCGCGCGAUCCUCGCUUCUCGCUCGCGCAGCCGACCACGCGAUCUGCUCCCUGCCGCGAAUCUCCCCAGACCGGGAGCGAGUCGUCGAGCUCAUCGAGCCUUCGCGGCGAGCAGAUCGAUUGCCAGCUGGACGCAGUGCCGUCGGGCCGGUCGAUAGCGCCAAGGCCGUCGCGGGACAAGCAGCUCUGUCGACCUUGAUCGCGAGGGUACAGCCCCGCACGGAGCAGCAUGCCGGCGGACGCGGAGCUCAGCAACAUCCUCAACAGGAGGCAGAAGAUCAACGAGGAUCUGGAGGAGGGCAAGGAGGUGAAGAAGCAGUACCGCUUCGUCAACGUCUACACCGAGUUCCACGAGUUCACCAGGCGAGAGAUCAAGCAGUACGAGCAGACCUUCAACAGGUUCGACGACGGCCACGACGGCUUCCUCGACUUGGCCGAGCUGAAACGAAUGAUGGAAGUGCUCGGCGCGCCACAGACGCAUCUGGGUCUGAAGGCCAUGAUCAGCGAAGUGGACGAGGACAACGACGGUCGCAUCUCCUUUCGGGAGUUCCUUCUGAUCUACCGCAAAGCACGAGCAGGAGAACUCGAGACAGAUUCAGGUUUGGGUCAACUCGCUCGGCUCACCGAAGUGAACGUUGAAGAAGUCGGCGUCAACGGUGCCAAAAAUUUCUUCGAAGCCAAGAUUGAGCAACUGCGAAAAUCGAGCAAAUUCGAGGACGAAAUCCGACAGGAGCAAGAAGAGCGAAGGCGCGAGGAGGAAGAACGAGCUGCCAGACGCGAACUGUUCCGACAAAGAGCUGCUAUUUUUGGCAAAAAUUAAGUAAGACAGCAGCAACAACAGCAGUUCAGCGGGGGAACAAAGAGUUUUACGCUUUAGACGCCAUGUCGUUAGUCUUACAGUAGGUUGUGGCUCUGCGCACGGAGUAUGUCGAACGUCAAUAUGAUAUUAUUCCUUCGUGCUGUUUCGAAAUCAAUAUCCUAAUUUUUGUAUUUCGAAUCGAACGCAAUAUCACACAUACACGUAAAUAUUUUUUCGACAGAGGAGUAAUCCCUGUAAUUAUCGUAGUUACAAGUUCAAAUGUUCUUGAAGGAUUUUUUUGGCUAAAUUCAAACACACAACCACAACUCUACUCUAGUUUGCUUAUUACAGUCAAAUAGAUAAGUAUAGCGAAGGAGACGAAUUGAACUAUAUUUACUUAUAAACUGUGGUUUUUGUCGUUGCACGUGUUUUUCAAGUAAAUCGUAUUUUCUAAGUAAUAGAAGUUGAAACGCAUAAAAUCACGUUACAAUUUAAUAAUGUUCGCAAGUUUUAACUGAUCUUAACAUUGCUAUCGCAACGUUUUGAAAGUUGUCUAAUUAUCUCAACAUUCAACUUUUCUAUGCGGGUUUAAUUCUAUAUAAAUUUAAAUAUUCAAACAUUUGAAAGUGGAAAAGUCAAUUCUUUGUUCUGUAAGUGUAUUUAGUUUUUAAAUUCACGAAGAUUGAUGGUUAUAAUUUAUUAAAAAAAAGUGCAAAAUCAACAAAAAUUCAAAUUUUAACUAGCUUUUAAAGAUUUCAUCAUAAAAACCAUUGAUCGAUUGGUAAAUAAAUUUAGCUUCCGUCGUUCUGAAUGAUUUCACAUUCAAUUUUAUAGCAUUUUUAAUUUUCAAAUAAUGAUUAUUGUGUUAUAAUGAGAGGCGAAAAAUGCACACAAACUCAACGACUGACGCACACAGAGACUGUAAUAUGUCCUCAAAAAACUCCAGCAGCGCCUACGUAUAAAGUCGUUUCUUGUAAACAUUUAGGUUUAUACAUGUAUGUAGUUUUAUUGCUGAAAUAGACAACGUUACGAUGAUUUUAUAAAGAUUUUAUAAGAAGAUCGUGUAUAUACCUAAAAAGAUUGUAACUAUCGCUGUCACUUUAGAGUUUAGAGAGUUCUUUUAGAUUAUAUUAUUAAUUGUAACUAGCUAUAAGUCGUGAGCUACUCAUUCAAAUCAUGUAUCUUUUAUUGUGAUAAAUAAAAUAAUAAAAAUUU